UUGAAAUGUUAAUUAAAAAUGCUAACAGCUAUGCACAGUAACGAAAAAGUAUAGAACCAUGAGAUUGAUGAAAUUCAUCUGGAAGAAGCAUUUAAUGUAGCGACAAAAUCCUGAGCUACUGUCAAAUACUCUGCUCUGUCAACACUCACUUAACAAAAGCUUUAGAUGAUCUCUACUAGAGAAAAACUAUUCUUAGCUGUUUAAAAAUGACAGCAGAACAGCCUGAUCCCCCUCUAAUGGGAGAUAAGUCUUCCAGCAUCUCAAUGGCCUGAAAGUUUAGUUUGAUGAUAAAAGCAACAUAGUUAUUUUUAGCACUCUAUGGGCAUAAAAAUACAGCUCUAAACUGUGACCUACAGCUAUGCACAGCCAAGCAUCACAUCAUACGACAGCCUUAACUUUAGCUACAAGCACGUCUGUAGUUGCUUCAGACUAUCAUUAUUCACCUCACUACCAACAAUACAUUGGGAUGGAUUUAGCAACAAGCAUUUGAAAUUGUUACCAUCUUUUUUCAAAUUGCUGCCAUCGGCAGAACUCAAUUGAAAGGUAGGAGAUCUUAAUGGACUUGGUAGAAAGUAUUUGAGAGACCAUGUUAGGUUAAGUGGAUUACUGCUUCUCUCCAGUACAGAGGAUGAAAAAGAACCUUAAAAGCAGAAAAACUUAAACUGUCAUAUUCAGUACAGAAAGUCAUUUUUUCUGGGCACAGUUUGAGUAAAUGAAAAAAAAAAAAAAAGAAAAUAGGAAAAAGAGAAAAAACCCCCUUGUUUUCUUCCAACAGUACUAACAACCUACAAACAGGAUAUGCUAAAAUAAGAGACCUUCAAGCAAGCUCACCUGAAACAACACUGUUCACAGACAACUGCAAAGGUAAUUUAUGAUAUUUUAUUCCAACUUGCAUGUUUGUGUGUGCAUGAUUUGUUACAAACUGAAAUUAAGAAGUCUCUUCUACCAGAUUUCUGUUUCCAGAUUAUGUGAACAAUUAAAAUAUUUAAAAUAAAAACUGAUACAUAAGUUGUAAAACCAAAUCAAGCAGAGUUCCAGCACUUAACUACUAAUUAAUUAUUUCAUUUUUAAAUAUAUGUAUAAGUUCAAAUUUUGGAGGUUUAGGGGUUUUGUGUUUUGUUGGGAGGGAGUGUUCUUAUUUAGUGGGGUUUGGGGGGUUUUUUGUUAGCUUAUGUGAUGGGAUUUAGGAGUUUCUUCCCUGUUUUUUAAAUAUGUAUACUAUGGAUAAAAUAUGGAUAAAAUAUGGAUUAUUUCCUACAUGACAGAUAUGCACUUUGAAAUGCUGCAAAUUGCACAGAUUAUGUUAACUCAGAAAAGAGACAGGAAAUAUUAUAAGGUGCAAGGCUUGUCAUAUUUCAUUAUGGCCUGGUGAUUUUGUACAGCAAACUAUUCUAGGAUCAUUAAUAAAGUUUCAUUCAAACAUUCAGUUCCUAAGAAGGAAGCCUACAGGUAAAAAAACUAAGCAGAAAAACUAGAAAGACACAAGCAAAAUUCAUUUUUUUCCUCUCCCCAGCUUAAAAAUGCCACUUUUUGGCUGGAUGAAAUGGUCAAAAACUGAUUCCUACAAAUCCACUAGAUGUCCCGGUUCAGAAUUAGUUACAAAAACCCUGCUGAGGGAGUUGAAGUGGCACCUGAAAGAGCGUGAAAGAUUAGUGCAAGAGAUUGAAAAUGAACAAAAAGUCCAGAAAACUGGCACGGAUUACAACUGGCUCAAGAACUACCAAAACCCUCAAGCAACUAUUCCAGCUACUGAGCAACGGCAGCUUGAAGUUCUGUGCUCACAAAUCCAGCCUUGCCAAACAGGAACUGUUCUCAGCAGAUUUCGGGAAGUUUUGGCAGAAAAUGAUGUUUUACCCUGGGAAAUAGUCUACAUAUUCAAGCAAGUUUUAAAAGAUUUUCUUACCACCAUUGAGAGAGAAAACCAAGCAGAGCAGCUGGUAGAUGCAUGGAAUACAAAUUGCUCUGAACAUUUUAGCCCGCGUGGUGACGGCUCCAACAAGUCGGACAAAGAUGAAAUCCCCACGGUUUCAAGUUAUGUCGACAAAAACACACAAAGCAUGUUUCCCACCUUCUCCCACAGGAUCUGGAAUCUACCUUAUUACUACCCAUCAAGUUAAGUUGGUUUGUGUUGCUUUCAAAAAGUUCUGUAGCCAUCCACAUUCCUUUCUUGUAAUUGCCAUCCAGACGCAUAAGAGUAAGAAAUGUGACAUAAUCCCCUUUUUAUUCCAAGUUCAGAAAUUAAAAUCCUUUGUAAUAGCUAGUAUGCAGUAACUUAAGUAACAACUCACCUUUUAUCUUUAUAGUUUCUUAGAGCUGUUGUGUUUGAAGCCAUCUUUUAAUCAAAAAUGUCUGAAAAAAACCUCUGAAGCAUUUUAAUUUGUAGCCAUAUAGAGCUAGAAG